GCCGGCCCCCCGGCCCCCCGGCGCCGCACUGGCCGCGCGCGGAGCCGCGACGCGAGCCAUGGAGGACGCGCAGUCCCCGCUGCCGGGGGCAGCAAGCCGCACCUGGAGAAGCUGACCCUCGGGAUCACCCACAUCCUAGAAUCUUCCCCAGGGGUGACAGAGGUGACCAUAAUAGAAAAAGCACCUGCUGAACGUCAUAUGAUUUCUUCAUGGGAACAAAAAAAUAACUGUGUGCUUCCUGAGGAUGUGAAGAAUUUUUACCUGAUGACCAAUGGCUUCCAGAUGACAUGGAGUGUAAAGCUAGAUGAGCACAUUGUUCCAUUGGGCAGCAUGGCAAUUAACAGCAUCUCAAAGCUGACACAACUCAACCAAUCUUCUAUGUAUUCACUUCCUAAUGCACCAACUCUGGCAGAUCUGGAGGAUGACACACAAGAAGCCAGUGAGAACCAACCAGAGAAGCCUCACUUUGAUUCUCGCAGUGUGAUAUUUGAGCUGGAUCCUUGCAAUGGAAAUGGGAAGGUUUGCCUUGUCUACAAAAGAGGAAAACCAGCAUUAGCACAGGACACAGAGAUCUGGUUCCUGGACAGAGCAUUAUACUGGCAUUUUCUGACAGACACCUUUACUGCCUAUUAUCGCAUGCUCCUCACCCACCUAGGCCUGCCCCAGUGGCAGUAUGCCUUCACCAGCUAUGGAGUUAGUCCACAGGCCAAGCAGUGGUUCAACAUGUAUAAACCCAUCACCUACAACACUGACCUUCUCACCGAAGAGACUGACUCCUUUGUCAACAAGCUGGAUCCCAGCAAAGUAUUCAAGAGCAAGAACAAGAUCUUAAUUCCAAAAAAGAAAGGACCUGUUCAGCCUCCUGUUGGUAGCCAGAAAGUGCCCUCAGCACCUUCUUCUACCACCAAACCAUCCUCAGCCUCUGGAAACCCAGUCCGGAAAUGAGUGCCCCACCUACCUGCCUAGCACCACAGUUAUGACUUCCAUGCACUGUGCCCAGGGGUGGUCCCAGCCUCAGAGCCUGUGUGAGGAGCCAGAGGCCUCUACUCAUAGGAAUAACAAAAAUCCUGCACCUUUUAUUCCCAUUGGCUUUAGCCAGGAGUUGAAAGGAACUAUUUGGGUCUCCCCAAGGUCCUUUCUGAUAACCCGAGUAGCAUGUGAUGCUACCCCUGCCUCUAGAGGCUGGGCAGGAUCUCACAUGGUAUUUGAGUGGCUAAAUAUGUUUUUUUUUUUUUUUUUUUACCUCUAAUUCCCUACCCCUCAUCAGUGAUUUAGAAAACUCCCUCAAAGAAACCACUGAAGCAUUAGAAUUGCACUCACUGUUCAUUUGGUAGCCACUAGCCAUAUGUGGCUAUUUAGAUUUAUAUUAAAAAUUCAGUUCCUCAAAUGCAUUAGCCACAUUUCAAGCAUUCAUGUGGCUAGUGGAUUCUGUUAGUAUAGAGAUACUAGAACAUUUCCAUAAUCAGAGGAGGUUAUACUGGACACUACUGCAUUUGAAUAUUUUCAUAUUGCUCUCUCUCAGAUCAGUUCAGUUUUUAAGAGAAUGUUGACACCUUUGGUGAGUCACAAUGUUCCAUGAAAAUUCUUGACACGAUUGUAUGUUCUUUAUAUCUUUCAACACAAAUCUCACUCUGCCAGUUUAUCAGUUUCUUAUAAAGUUUCUUGCUUCCAAUUUUGUGUUGUGAUAUUGACAUAUCUGCCAAAAGUUAUGAGAUGAUUCUGCUGUACUUUAAACACAUAAAACAAAAAAACUCCCAAAUACUGCUUUCAAGAGUUUUGAUGAAAUUAGUCACUGUUGACAAGAGCUUUCCACCUCUUCAACAAAAAAAUUAACAUGCACUUACCUUGAUUCAGAACUCUGAUGGAGCAUGUACCCACUGGAAUUCUGUGCUCCCGGGGCAGCAUGAAGGCUAUAAGCAAAUGGAGAGUUAAGGAUAAAAAAAUUAACAGGGUAGCAGAAAAGGAUGGCGAGGAACUGAGUUGUUAAGGAUAAUAGCUGAAAUUUAGUCUCCAGAAUUACUCUCUCAGAACUGAUCAAAGGAAGCAGCACCAGAGAGGAGAGUUCAGCACACAGGUGCUUCUCCAAGACAAGUGACAGAAAGGGACUGAGCAGUCAUGUCAUCUCCCACUGUGGAAGGUACCCUUCCUCUCGUACUUGUAAAGCCCCUGGAUUACUUCUAAAUCAGUCCAGGUUCAGGUCACAGUGAACUAGAUUUCACAAAUGAAGAGGGAACUAGGAGGGCAAAGGUGCUUUUGAAGUCAGUCUUAGUUCUCAAAGGGCUGCAGAUGGAAGGGGUUCUGGUGAGGAAAGACUCAAGACUGUGCAGAAGGCAGAGCAGCAGAGGAUAGCACUGACUACCUCACAGGUAGGACACAGUGAAAAAUGAUGUGGGAUCCUUGUCCAAAAAUCAGAACAAAGGUACUAGGGUGUAUUUCCAUUUUUCCAUAGUCUCACAGCUUAAAAUGGUAUUUUAUUUGCUACCUAAUGCUGUUCUGAGAAUUAUUAAAAUGUUAAAUUAUUAGCAUUAACUUUAUCAUGCAUCUUUAUAUGGUGCUACUCUAGAUUAAAAUGCAGAGUAUUUACCUCAUAUGCAGAAUCACCAAAAUUGCAUUUUGUAUUCAAUAGCUUAUGUAAACAUACUGUAUGCUUACUAUAACAGUGGAGACCACACACAAAACUAGCUUAACAUUUCACUUCUUCAUAUGUACACAUUCUGUCAAAACUCUUGCAGCUUAGUGAUGAGUAAGAAAGGACUUGGAUAGAAAAACAGAUUCUCUGUCUUCGCUUCCCUUUUGUCAUUUUCAACACAAUGAUGGCUAAUGCAGAAAAGUAAUUUAAGUAAAAAAGGAUAUGAUAGGAGUCUGUGAUGCCAUCACUACCUUUCUGCAUCCAAUCAACUCUGAUUCCAAUGAAAAGCAUGGCCUCUUGGAGCUCUCGGUGCUCCCACUACUCAGUGGUAGGCAUAACAUGCGUUCUGUGUAACUUACCUUGAGUCUGAAUGCUGAUAGGUCAUGGAUCCACUGGAACUCCGUGUCCAUGGGGCAUCACAAAGGCUAUAAGCAAAGGUAGAGGUAAGAACAGGUACACAUAUUGCAGGUAUUUCCUCUGCUGUUUGUAUGCUCUGUCUUAGCAGAUUUCAAGACAGUAACAGAAGAGCAUUAAGCCAGUUGUGAGACCUUUCUGAGUGUGGGCCCUGUGUGACUGUGCAGAUCACCCACCCAUGAAACGGGCCCUGGUGAUAGAGGGAACACUCCCAGCAAAAUAUUUGGCAACAUGUGGGCUGAAUGGGUUACAUGAGGAGAAAACUCGCCCAUGAGAUUUAUGUUUAUACAGUUAAAAUGGCAACAGGCUCUACUACAAAUCAACUGUCCAAGGUAAAAAACAACACUGGAAUCACAAAAUAAGAAUGGCAGGAUGCCUCGUGAUGCACUGACAUUCAAGAUGGUGCCAAGAGAGUGCACAUCAUCGGGCUGCUUGUGUCCUACAACAGGGAAGCACCCAAACAUGGGGGGAAACAGCAAGGGGCUUUAAGCACAUGGUGAUCCCAUGAAACUGUGCUUCCCAAACUCAGUGUCACCAGAAUGUGUGUAGAAAAGUAGAUGCCCAUAUCCCUAUCCAGACCUACAAAUUACUAGGAAAAAAUUCCAGGCAUCAGGACUGUUAACCAACUGAAAUGGUGACACUAAUGCUUACCAAGUACAAAAUUUUUAGUUAGCAGAUAUGGUAGUUUUGCUUUCAUGGAUAACUCAAACUCUAUUUUUAAUCCAGUAAAGCAUGCCCACUGACUGGCACAGAAGAACCAAGUGACCAUUUUAGUUUUGUGUAGAUUCCAUGUCUUUUAAAAACAUUUUACUAUGGAGAAUCAAACAUUUACAAUGUUUAAAAGAAUAGUGUAAUGAACCCCUGUGUUUGACUCCUAACCAAUCUACCUGUUUUUUAUUCCAACUAAUUUUUUUAGUAGUUCCAUUUUAAAUUAUUGUUAUACCUUUUUGCAUUGUAUUUUAACAGUUGCUCCCAAGUUUACAAUGUAUUUCUCAUCAGUAGAGUAACUUACUCAUACAUGGGGUCCUUAGUACCUUAGAGCCUAGGCAGGGCAGGGACACAAACAUAUUUGGGUAGAUUAACUCUGGCCCCUUGACUCUAGUCCAAAUUGGCUGCACUUUUAUUCUUGGGAUCUUGUAUAACUGUCCUUAGGCAUAAGCCAGCCCAUACUGGGUUGUUUUUCCAGGCAAGCAUUCUGUGCUUAACACACAGUCUCCGUUAUGGAGGUUAUUGUGAGCUAAUACAUGGGUGAGAAUUCAGAAAAGCUUGUCCCUUCAGCCAUCAGCCUUUCUUUCUAGCUAUGAACUUUCUAAACAACCCAUUGAAUCUGCCUCCUCCACUCACUUCUUGCUGUACACCAGUGUGGUUUUGUUUUCACUUAGUUUCCUGCCUACCAUUACCCAUCAGAUGUUCUUCCUCUUCU